AUGGCGAUAGACUCGAGUGGACGGGGGUUCACGCUAACUUUAUUCGUGUUUUCUUGUGUUUUCGCGGGCAGCCGGGCCGAGGCGGCGGUUUCAGAGUCGAGAGGCACCACUCGGAUACUCGGCAUGAGGCUGGAGAGGAGCGACAGACCCGCCGGGACCACCGAGGCGGGCGUUAUUCAGGUGACCGAGGGCAGCGACAUCCUCUUCAGGGUCUACGGGCUCCACUUGUUCCCGAACAGCUCGGAGCUCAUCACGUUCAUGGAGCUGUACUCCAGUGACAAAGAGGACGACGCUUUCGGCUCGGUCGUGGUCUCCUUCAAUAGAACUUGUCCCGAACACACGAAGGAUAUCGUAGUGAAGGGGCCCAUGGUGGUGAGCAACCAGAACACCACCGGGGUGGUCAGCCUCAGCAUCAAGCAGCUCCGCAAGAGCGAAGUGGUCAAAGUGUUCGGCUUGUGCGUCCGCGACGCGCAGGACCAGAGGUGGUACCUGCUGGACGACAAGGACGGCAGGCUGCGGGUGGUGGAGGAGAAGAAGUCCCUGUUGCCCAUCUGGCUGCAGGUGAUCCUCAUCUCCUUCCUGCUGGUGCUGUCCGGCAUGUUCAGCGGGCUCAACCUGGGGCUGAUGGCGCUGGACCCGAUGGAGCUGCGCAUCGUGCAGAGCUGCGGCACCGAGAAGGAGAAGAAGUACGCGCGGAAGAUCGAGCCCAUUCGCAGGAAGGGCAACUACCUGCUGUGCUCCCUGCUCUUAGGGAACGUCCUGGUCAACACGACCCUCACCAUCCUCCUGGACGACCUGAUCGGCUCGGGGCUGGGCGCCGUGGUCGCCUCCACCAUCGGCAUCGUGAUUUUUGGCGAGAUCGUCCCUCAGGCGCUGUGCUCCCGCCACGGCCUGGCCGUCGGGGCCAACACCAUCCUGGUCACCAAGUUGUUCAUGCUGUUGACUUUCCCUCUGUCCUGGCCCAUCAGCAAGAUCCUGGACUGCGUGCUGGGCCAGGAGAUCGGCACCGUGUACAACCGGGAGAAGCUGGUGGAGAUGUUAAAGGUGACGGAGCCCUACAACGACCUGGUCAAAGAGGAGCUCAACAUGAUCCAAGGAGCGCUGGAGCUCCGGACCAAAACAGUGGAGGAUGUCAUGACCCCAGUCAACAACUGCUACAUGAUCCACAGCGACGCCGUGCUGGACUUCAACACCAUGUCUGAGAUCAUGGAGAGCGGAUACACCAGGAUACCCGUGUACGAGGACGAGCGCUCCAACAUCGUGGACAUCCUGUACGUCAAGGAUCUGGCCUUCGUGGACCCGGACGACUGCACCACCCUGAAGACCAUCACCAAGUUCUACAACCACCCGGUCCACUUUGUCUUCCAUGACACCAAGCUGGACUCCAUGCUGGAGGAGUUCAAGAAAGGAAAAUCCCACCUGGCCAUUGUCCAGAAGGUGAACAACGAGGGGGAGGGAGAUCCUUUCUACGAGGUGCUGGGCCUGGUCACUCUGGAAGACGUCAUCGAAGAAAUCAUUAAAUCUGAGAUUCUGGAUGAAUCAGACCUUUACACUGAUAACCGCACCAGGAAGAAGGUGGCUCCCAACAAGAACAAGAGAGACUUCUCGGCCUUCAAACACGAGAGUGAAUCCAAAGUGAAGAUCUCUCCUCAGCUGCUGCUGGCCGCCCAUCGCUUCCUGGCUACAGAGGUGAGCCUGUUCAGCCCGUCUCAGGUCUCAGAGAAGGUGCUGCUGCGAAUCCUGCGUCAUCCCGACGUGAUCCAGGAGAUCAAGUUCAACGACAGCGACAGGCGCUCGCCCCACCACUACGUCUACCAGAGGGGCAAGCCCGUCGACUACUUCGUUCUCAUCCUGCAGGGUCGAGUGGAGGUGGAGGCGGGGAACGAGAACAUGAAGUUUGAGACCGGACCUUUCUCCUUCUAUGGUGUCAUGGCGCUGAGUGCUCCCACCCUGGAGUUCCGUUCACCGUCCCACCUCAGCGGCUUGAACCGAACGGCCUCCCUGAGCGGAGCCGACCGGACCGAGUCGCUCUCCGUCAGCGGCAGCAACAGCCAGCUCAACAGCAGCAUCCCCUCGCAGCAGUACACGCCCGACUUCUACGUCCGAGCCCUCACCGACCUGCAGUUUGUCAAGAUCACCCGGGCUCAGUACCAGAACGGCCUGAUGGCGUCCCGUCUGGACAGCACGCCUCAGUCCCCAGAGAGCGGCCACAACGCCACCCGGCUGGAUCAGACGACUCCCCCCGCCACCGCCAACACCACCAUCGCGGACCUGGGAGCCGACUCCACCCCGACGGAGAACGGGCCCGACGAGACCACGCUCCUCCUCCUCAACGAGCAGAACUCGCCGCACACAGCCAACCACCACAGCCAGCUGGAGAACAGCGUCUGACCCCGAGCCCAUCCUCCACACUCCAGUUUGCACACAUGCACUGCUGCGCUCAUGUACGCCGAGGAGGGGAGGGUUGGUGUCGGUGUGAGUGGGUGGGAAUGCAGGACGAGCCGUGGGACGGCUGACAACAGGCCCAAAGAGACACGCCAUGUGCGCACAUAUUGUGUACAUAUGCAAGGAUCCAGCAAAGCACACACACACUAAACCACACACUGAUGAGGCAAAACACCGACGCACGGGUUCAGGCGGGAGCAGCGGUGAGCUGUGAGGAGACAGCCAGCAGCAGUGUGUGCAGCGCGCCGUGCUUUGCCUCAUCAGUGUACGGACACACACCACGAGUGUAUCGUGGAAGCUCGCCACGUCUCCACCAUGAACGGACCAUCGCUAACCCCACAGCCCCCUGUGUG